GACUGGCAGGCUGUCAGUGUGUGUAAGCUCACUGCUUGGUUUGGAACUUGAGGUAGAGUGGAAUAGUAGAGAGGCAGGCCUGUACUGAAGGGGGCACCUAGGUACCCACCGUAGGAGGAUACACCAAUAGAAAGACAGGGGCAGAGGAGAUGUCUGGAGAGGGCUGGACCGGACCCUAAAAAGCCAAUAAUUUAAACACCUAUACUGGAUAUAACAGCCGAAUUGUCUAAGGGUUAUUCAUAUUCGUAACUUACCCCUAGGAGGAUACUACUAUCACGGAGGAACAAAAGUAGGAUUAUAUCAUCAUCUACAAUAAGAAUCACUGGAGAUUGAUCUGAAGAUUCCUUAUCACAGAUCUAUCACACGUAUAAUUAUAUACGGGAGUUUACUGUGCCUGGUUCCACCUGGGGCAGUAGCCAACAUUACUUCAGUGUACCUCAAAAGUGAAAUUCAGAUGUGAGGAAUGAAAACGUGAUAAAUUGGCAGGUGUAGUGUUUUAACUUAAACUGUUCCUUACGACAGUCUUAGAGAUAUAUGAUCUGGACGUUACAUAUCUGGUGUGUCUGUCGGGGGAUCCUGCCAGCUAACAGUGAUAUUAAUAUUACAUGCCUGGCUGAUAAAGCUGCUGCUACUCACUAGUACCUGUGUGUAUCCAGGUAAACACUUGACAGCUUUCUUAUUCUCACCUGGAUGUUUAUGAAUGAAACUAUCAGGUAUAUACUUGUUAAUAGAUUCAGAAAACUUUAAAAAAAAAUUGCUGCAUUGUCAACCAAUAAUAUCACCUGAAAUCUCAAUAGCCUUUGACAAAAAAAAGUGAUAUAUGUUUAUAUACAAAACUGAAAACUUUGCUGAUUGGUGAAAAUUUCCUUUGCAGUAGUAACAGGUAGUUUCUAUUGGGAUACAUGGUAACAGUGUGGUACAGAACACGGGUUCCUUCAGGAGUCUGUUUUCUUCUUUGUAGAAGUGAUUUUAGCUUGAGAUUUUUCUUUGUGAUAUUAUAAUACUACAGAAUCUACCAGAAGCAUAUUUCCGGGAUGAUGAUAUAUAUUUGGGUUCUCCAGUGCUAAAAUAGUUAAAAGUCUGCUCCAUCAAACUUGUUUAUGAUAUUUUCCCCCUCCCAUGUGUUGGAUCUUGUCAAGCCAUAGUGAAUAGGUACAAGGGAAUGUUUGUUAGUAGAUCAGCUACCAGCUCUUCACCAGCUGAUGUCUACUGAUCACAAAACAUUUUGGCUUACCGUUCACAACAAAUCACGCUAGAACAAUAAUAGAUAAACAAAGGUAAGUAAUGCCAGUAUUCAACAUUGGAGUUGAAUUUUGAAAAUAUCCAAGAAAGGAAAAGGAGAAUUUUCAUUUAAUACUUGUGAUAAAACAAAAGAAUUCAAAAUGCAGAAUGUUUGGAUUCUAGUGUUAACUCUUACAGCAGUAUUUCAAAUCUGUGAAUUUAGAAAAGACAGACUUGGACGAAAAAUACUUCGGACUCAGCGUUGUAAGUACACCUUUGUGGUCAAAGAAGUGGAUGCAGGGCACUGCCCAACGUCCAUUCCUCCUAUCCAACCAGUUGACCAAAUGUCGGGGGACAUGAAUACCCUUAUAAGCCGACUGCAACAGGUUGAGAAACAACUGGACGGGGAGAUGUUGAAAAACGAUAAUUUAACUGAAAGUAUUUCAAAACAAGAGCUGACACUUAAGAAAGCAGACUACAUGCUAGAACAGUAUCGGUCAAAUUUUUCCAAUCUCUUUCACAUAAUCAACCAUUUAGAGCGAAGCUUACACACACAGCGGUCAAGCUAUAGGGAUCUGGAGAAGAAGGUAUCCAGUGUUGUCCUUGAUGUGUUGGAGAUGAAUAACAUACUGACCACUAAGGUCAGUCCAGGUGACAUCAGCAACCCUAUUCUUAAGGAUGUACAGGUGCAAAGCGUCUCAAAAAUACACAACUGUGGCCUCACCAACACCGACGCAACCUUCGUAGACUGCCUAGAUGUCCUGAAUCGGGGUCAUACGACUAGUGGUGUAUACUAUGUAACACCAACAUACUCGUCCUGCUCAAUUCCUGUCUGGUGUGACAUGGAAACGCCCCCUGGUGGCUGGUUACUGAUACAAAAGCGAACAAACGGUGCGGUUGACUUUGAUCGAUUUUGGAAUGAAUACAAAGACGGAUUUGGUAAUGUUGUGUCUGAAUUCUGGAUAGGACUGGACAACAUGUUUCUGUUGUCUAAUCAGGAUCAUUACGAGCUUCGUGUAGAUUUGUGGGAUUUCGAUGACAACCGUGUGCAUGCUCUAUAUAAAGAUUUCAAAAUUGAUGGGGAACGCGACAAAUACAAACUGCAUGUUGGACAUUAUGAAGGAAGUGCUCACGACAGUUUUGAAAUGCAUAAGGGUAUGAAGUUUAGUACCCCAGACCAGGACAAUGAUAACUGGAAUAACUAUCACUGUGCCCGGGAGUGGUCGUCGGGAUGGUGGUAUAAUAACUGUUGGUCCGCAUUACUCAACGGACAAUAUCACAAUCGAUCCGACGUUAAAUUUAGGGGAAUAACCUGGAAUGAUUGGAAACAUGAACAACUCGCCCGAACGGAAAUGAAAAUUCGUCCUAGCAGACUUUACCACAACAAUACCGUGCCACAUAAGAAAUAAAAGGUGUUGGAUAGGGACAAGGACAGUCAGUAUUCUCAGUGGGAACAUCUGUUGUCCUGAUCAAAUGUUUCAAUCAAGUGUCUUUAUGACAAUGACCAAAAUCUUGGGCAGCAAAACACUUGAUUUGAAUGGCAACAGAAGAGUCGUACUGCAUGAUUGACACAACAUCAGCCAAGCUUUUCCACAACCAAUUGUGCACAGUCAUGCACACAAAAGUUUGCACACAGCAAAAUGUUACUCUUAUCCAGUGCUUGUUAUGGUCCCUGCGUGACGAACAAGAUGGUGUAUUAUAAAAAAGACUGAAACAGAUGAUAUGAGAAGAUUUGUGUCUAUUAACUAAUAUGUACAUUAUUGUUGGGCUUAGGGCUAUUGCAGCUGUGAUACCUGAACUAAUUAGAAGGGUUGACGUGGGAUAUUCUGGGUACUGGAGUUUCAAUGAUGGCCAAAGACAUCUCAGCUCAAGUUUGUUCCCAGUAUAUUCCCGAACCUCCCUCCGAAAACCACUGAUACUCUGACAAAGGUCAGGCUGUAGUAGCCACUGGAGUAUUACGCUUGGGGGAGUAACGAAUUAUAUAAAACGAAUUGUAUUAGAAUGAAGCAACUAGCCAAAUGGACCAUGACAUAUGUCUGCUUCCUUCUACAGCUCCUUUUACUCAAGAUAAAAACUGUGGUGAUAUUACAACAUGACGGAAAAAAUGGUGCCAUGUACAAUAUUUUGAUACAAUUUGUACGAUUUAAUAUAUACGAUUAAAGGCCAGUAUUAUAAGUCAAGGGCAAUCACACAUAUGUAUGCAUGGCUGAGUGAGCAUUUGUUAUUAUUAUUCCAGCAUCAUCGCUUUAUAAAUGUUCAUGAGCAUUGCUUCAUGAAUAUUCAUGACACUCAAUUUUUUUAUUGGUACAGUCUUUAGAUAUCAAUGUACAGGCUAGGCUUUUUCCCUUCUUAACUGGCUAAGGUAUUAAGCCUGAAAAAUAAUAUGCAGAAAAUAUGGAUGAAAGUGAGAGGUGCGAAGGUCAUUGUGAUAUACAGAGAGGAUUGAUCACUUUUAUUAUUUAGUGAAAAUGCAGUAUAAUGUAUCGUUAUACUAUUUAUAGGCUAAUAUCUUUAUAAUUCCAACAAUAAAUACAUAUAAUGUGUUUAUUUAAAAAAAGGCAUUCAAUGUUUUGUAUAUGAAAUAAUAUUUGUCAUUUACCAUGUCCGCUACAGGGCAUCAUCAUGUGUUGAAAAUCAAAAUUCACUUUAUAUAAAUAAGUUUACCAUGUAUGCUUGAUCGCCAUCUUAUCAAAUGGCAUAAAUGUUUCAACAUUUAUGACUUAAUUGAGUCUAUUUCAUUAUUAGGAUUCAAAAGAAAAGGUCAAGUCACAGGUUAGGACCUACCUGCCCUCUUUAAGGAGCUACAUAUAUACAACCUUGUGUAAAAUACUGUGCACAUCCAGAUAAUGUAGCUAAGCCAAAUGACACAUUCAAUGUGAUAGGUAUUUAUGUAAGCAACAAGUGUAUGACCGAGCUUGGCAGUAUAAAGAUGGGGCGAGAUAAGACAAGUGAAAUGACACGGUACUCAUAUCCAGGAUAUGUUUCUUGUAUCCAUAACAACUAUAUUUUGUCCAGAACUGUGUGUGUGAACUUAUUCGUAUCCAGGACAACUUAUUCGUAUCCAGGACAACUGAUUCGUAUCCAGGACAACCAUUUUGUAUCCAUACCAGACAACUGAUUCUUAUCUAAAACAACUGUAAAACAGGGUUUAGAUUUUUCCACUAACAAGGUAUUGAAAGUGACACAAGUUUGAGCUACUGUAUACAGUGAUCCUUUGGAUACAUGUUCCCAAGGAUACAACAACACCCUGGAUACAAUGACACCCUGGAUACAGUGAUGCCCUGGACACAAUGACACAUGAUACAAUGACACCCUGGAUAUUAUGAUACUGUGGAAACAAUGGCAUCAUUGUUGUUCAUUGAAAGUUAAGCAUUAAUUAACUAAAGAAGUGUACCAUUGUAUAUCUUGUGUCCAAGUGGUCAAACAAUAUGAAAACCAUGAUAUUUACAUACGAUUAAUAACAUUUAAAAGCCAUUGUACCAGUAACUGCAAAUGUGAAUUAUGUUUGGCCAUGAAUGACCUUGACAGGUGCCAUAUAAACAUUUCCUAUAGUACUAAGGAGCUCCAGUGUAUACUGUGAUACGUAUAGGGCACGGUAGUGGUAUGUGUACCUAAUGGGAAAGGUCCUUAUAAGAGAGGGACCUAACAGGACAGGUCCUUAUAAGAGAGGUGCCUAAUGGGAUAGGUCUUUAUUAGACAGGUUCCUAGCAUGACAGGUCCUUAUAAGAGAGGUACCUAAUGGGAUAGGUCCUUAUUAGACAGGUUCCUAACAUGACAGGUCCUUAUAAGACAGGUAUCUAACAGGACAGGUCCUUAUGAUACAGGUACCUAAUGAGACAGGUCCUUAUGAGACAGGUACCUAAUGAGACAGGUCAUUAUAAGACAGGUACCUAAUGAGACAGGUCAUUAUAAGACAGGUACCAGACAGGACAGGUACCUAACAGGACAGGUCCUUAUUAAGACAAGGUACAUAAUAGGACAGGUACUUGGAUGUAUAUGACCAGUACUGAAUACUGUUAAACAGGUGCUUCUAUACAAAACAACUAAUUGUGUUUAUGUGGGUCUGAUAAUGUUCCCAAGUGUCUUAAUUAUGUAAGUAAAAUGUGCCAUAUAUCUAUCUGCCUUUGAUCAAUGUACGAUAUUGCCUGAUCAUGGUACCUCGCAAUUGUUUUAAUGUUCUCAACUGCUAUUGUGUAAUAAAAGAUUUAAAACUUG